CGUGUAAUGCGGAAACUCCUUCGUACCAGUGCGUAUUUCAUCUGCUGGGCAAUUCGGUUUAAGGAGUGUAUACGUUUCUGUAGAAGUGGUCAAUUUACGGAUACAGGGUUCUGGGACCUCAGUGAUCGCGAGUUUGCAUUCAGAAAUUUUUCGAAUGGAGAGUUUAGCUACGAAGAGAUGGAAGUUUUCUUAGUGGUUUUGUGUAAUUUGUAGUGAGAACUCUUUUUUUGAACAGACAAAUGAUUUUAAUCUGCGGUUGAAGGAGAUAAUACCACCGUCCGAUGGUAGCUGAAAGCUUUGAAAAUUUUUGAUUGAAAAACUUGAGAUGCAUCAAACAUGAGCGAAGCUGAUUCAGCAGGAGGGGGGCAUCAAGGGUCUAGCCCGGUCCCUCCUGCUGUUACAAACCGCAGAUCAACAAUAACAACUAGUAAUAUAAGUAAACAACAGUUUCAUAAUCAAGAACAUCAAAUUCGCUCAGCAAGUGGAUCUGCGGUAUUGCUAGGCAGCGCGGCGCAUCAUUCUAUGACAUCUUGUUCAUCAAACGAUCAACAACGCAAUAAUAAUUCGCAAGAUCAGCUUCAACAACCCCGAUUAAUAGAAACACAAGCGAACCAAUAUAAUUACUCUUUUGCAACAUCUAGUUGUGAUUCAAGUGCUAUUUCAACACAAAUUUCAUCGACGAAUCCUGCUCCGAGUAUAUCUUUAAGUGUUCCGGGCGCAAAUAUUGAAAAUCUCUUACCAAGAACUAGUUUGCAAUCAAAAACCUUGACUAGUGAUCGACGUAGUGAAAAUUCGGAACUUUCUUUAUCAGCGGCACGUAAAAGAUUAAGGUGUGAAGUAAGUCAUAGGCAGCAACAAAAUUCUUCAUUCGUUGAAACUCCUACAGUCUUCACUACAUCAUUCAUAAACGAUUUAAACACUUUAAAGAAGCGAAUUCUCGAAUAUAAAUUUGCCCGUCUUCGAAGCAUUAAAGAAAAAUACUCAGACCAUGUUGCGGAACUGUAUUUUCUUCAAAUUGGUGGCAAUAUGAUGGAUUUUCCUUCUUGGAGAAAAAAGCCACCAACCCCACAAUAUAUGAUAUUCACGAAGUCAUACCCACUAGACGGCAACAUAUUUGAAGAGCAAAGCAAGAAUGUUCCUCAAUUGACGACAUCAUCUGCUACAUUAACAUCCAAUUCACCUAAAGGAGCGGAAAUAAAAAUUCCUAGCGUAGGAGCAACCCCAGUAGCAGUUUCGACGACAUUGCCGGCAGCUGUUGUCCAACUCACUCAGCAAGGUCAUAUACCCGGAAGGCCUCAAGGAGGUCGACACGGGAUGGUAUUCGGUCAAAUCCCAGUGGCACCCACAAUAGGAAAUUUUUCUGUACCUCUGGUGCCAGGAGGAACUCCAAUUUCACCAGAUGCUUCUACUGUACUUGGAAUAGAUAAGCAGCAGUCGUCAUUAGUAGCAGGGAAUGUUAAUCCACAAAGCGCAAAUAGUGUUAAUACUGGUACUGUUAUCGGAAGUCAAGAUCAUUUUUCGGUUAAGGCGAAACAAGAAGUUUACGUGAUGCAACGAAUAUCUGAGUUGCAACGUGAAGGAUUAUGGACAGAAAAACGUUUACCAAAGUUGCAGGAGCCUUCACGACCCAAAGCACAUUGGGAUUAUUUAUUGGAAGAAAUGGUUUGGUUAGCAGCAGACUUUGCACAAGAAAGGAAGUGGAAAAAAAGUGCAGCGAAAAAAUGUGCCCGGAUGGUUCAAAAAUACUUCCAAGACAAAGUCAGUGCAGUGCAAAAGGCUGAAAAAGCGCAAGAAAUUCAUUUGAAACGUGUGGCAGCAUUCAUCGCGAAGGAAGUUAAGUUAUUCUGGUCGAAUGUUGAAAAGCUUGUAGAGUACAAACAUCAAACAAAGUUAGAGGAAAAAAGAAAAAAAGCACUUGAUCAGCAUUUAAGCUUCAUUGUGGAUCAGACUGAAAAAUUUUCCCAACAGUUAGCUGAAGGAAUGAAUAGAACCGUGGUUGGUACAAGCACCGCCCCCAGUAUUACAUCAAGUCAAAUAUCAUCACCAAAACAUCAACAAUUUUCGGAUGAAGAAUUUUGUCCGACAAAUGAAAUGUCUGAAGAUGAUGAGGAGACUAUAGCUAAAGCAGAAGCUGAAGCCGUAAAUGUGAACGAGGAAGUUGCUGCACUGCAGAGAGAGUCUACAAUGGAUAUAGAUGAUUUCCUGAAAGCAUUACCGAAGAAUUAUCUCGAGAAUCGCAUCAAAAUUUCUUUAGAUUCCAGUUUGUCAUCGGAUAACGAUGAAGAAUUUGAAGCGAAUGAAAAUAGCUCAGAUUGUGAGGACACCAUUAAAGAGCAGGAGGGUGAAGAAAUGGAUGUUGAUCAUAAAAAAGAACUAGAAGAAUUAAACGCGGAAAAUGAAAUGAGCUUGGAUGACUUAUUAGCCAAGUACAAAGGCCUGACUAGAAUAGAUAAAGAGCAAAUGGAAAUUGACUCUGAUGAUGAGGAAUUAGAUGAUAAUGAAAAAUCUGAUUCCAGUAACCUUUCCACUAAUAGCGAGGAGUUUUUCUCGGAUGAAUCAUCUUCCGAUGAAGAAAGUGAAAAUAAUGGAGGGACUCUUGAAAGUUUGUUACAUACUGAACAAGGUAGUCAAUCAGAGGCAGAUAAUGAUUUGAUAAAUGAUGCCGCUGCCAUAGCUGAGAGUAUUCAACCAAAAGGCAAUACCCUAUCUUCAACCAAUGUCGUAACUCCAGUCCCGUUCUUAUUGAAACAUUCCUUGAGAGAAUAUCAACAUAUUGGUCUAGAUUGGUUGGUAACAAUGCACGAAAGAAAGCUGAAUGGAAUCUUGGCUGAUGAGAUGGGUUUGGGUAAAACCAUCCAAACUAUAGCUUUACUUGCACAUCUCGCUUGUGUCAAAGGUAAUUGGGGCCCACAUCUAAUUGUGGUUCCUUCAUCUGUGAUGCUGAACUGGGAAAUGGAAUUCAAAAAGUGGUGCCCGGGUUUUAAAAUUUUAACCUAUUAUGGCACACAGAAAGAACGGAAACAAAAGCGAGUUGGUUGGACAAAGCCGAAUGCGUUUCAUGUUUGUAUCACAUCAUAUAAAUUGGUAAUUCAAGAUCAACAAAGCUUCCGUCGAAAAAAAUGGAAAUAUUUAAUUCUGGAUGAAGCGCAGAAUAUUAAAAAUUUUAAGUCCCAAAGGUGGCAACUACUGUUAAAUUUUCAAACCGAAAGGCGGCUCUUGCUUACUGGGACGCCAUUGCAAAACAAUUUGAUGGAAUUAUGGUCAUUGAUGCAUUUUUUGAUGCCACAUGUUUUCCAAUCACAUUGUGAGUUCAGAGAAUGGUUUUCAAAUCCUAUGACCGGAAUGAUUGAAGGCAACUCAGAAUACAAUGAUUCUAUUAUUAAACGUCUCCACAAGGUUUUGCGACCAUUUCUUCUUCGUCGGCUGAAAUCGGAAGUUGAAAAACAGAUGCCAAAAAAAUAUGAACAUGUUGUUUUAUGCCGCUUAUCGAAAAGACAACGAUAUUUAUAUGAUGAUUUUAUGAGUCGCACAAAGACCCGUGAAACCUUGGCGUGUGGUAAUCUACUAAGUGUUAUAAAUGUGUUAAUGCAACUUCGGAAAGUAUGCAAUCAUCCAAAUUUAUUUGAAGUGAGACCAACAAAUUCUCCGUUUCAAAUGGAGGGGAUUGUAUAUAGAACAGCUUCGCUAGUAUGCAAUAUGCUUGACUACGAUCCUUUCAAGAAUGUUGAUUUAUACUCGUUAAAUUUGAAGUUGUUACAACUGGAAGAAAUAUUGACGGCAUAUGUAUCACAUCGUUUCAAAAAAUUAGCAACGCCAAGAAAAUUGAUCGAAGAAGUAGAUUCCCUUCCGGAAUGCCCGCCAUUGUGUCCUGCUGGGAAAUAUAAGUUUCAUAUUCGUAUUAAAGAUACACGUAUUAAAGGGAACCUUGUAAAUAAUAGUGGCGUGAAAGCUGGUACCAGCCCAGCUAUGAAGACUGAAGGAAAUAGAUUAAUUCCAGUAAUCAAUAUAGAUAAAAGAGCUAGUAAUAAUGAAGAAUCCGACAAUAGAUACAGUUUUCCAAUAAUUACUUCCCCAUCAUCAUCGGAAUUUUCGGGUGCUUCAAAUGCUAGAGCGGAUUGUGGCACCAUGAGCAAUUUAUGCGAAGGUGAUUUAACACAGAAAACAACCUCAGAACAAGGAAUACUCAGAGCGCCAUCUGGCAGUAGUUCGUGUAUACCUCAGAAUGGACAGCGACUACCUAUCAAUAAAUGUACAAGCGAUUCUUUCCAUAUAAAGCAAUCAGCAGAGAGCAGCUGUAAUUUGAAAACUUCAAAAAGCUGUAGCCAAAAUUUAGUAUCAACUCUUGCACAUCAAUUCAAAUCAAAUUCCUUGCCAUCGAUUAUAAACAAUAAGCGGAUGAGCCGAGAAAACUAUGAUUCAAGUUUUCAUUUUGUUGAACGUGAAAAAAUCACAAAGGAAAGACGUCGCAACAAAUUACAAUUAUUAGCAAGAAUAAACGAAAGGCGCUGUGAUAGCACUCCAAUUUAUGGUGCAGACUUCCGUCAAUCGAUGCAAAGUCAAAUGGAGCCGAAUAAAUAUUUAAAAUAUUCAACAUGGCGAUCAAGAAGUUUCACAAAUUGUAGACUCGCUUCAUUAAGAAAGGAUUGCUGGAGUUUAUCGACUUUAAUGAAAUCUUAUGAAGAUCGAAUCAGUGAAAUGAUAGACAUCAUAACGAGUUAUGUAUUAUUUGUACCAGCGGUAUCAGCUCCUCCGCCAUUCCUUCAAGUAGGGCAUUUGCAUCCGUUUACGAUGAAUGAAAAUAUACGACGAGAUUCUACGGUUCGCAGUGCUUUGUCAAGAAAGUUGGCGUUAUUGCAUCCGGUAAUAUCAGCAAUGAAUACACAGUUUCCCGAUCCUAGGUUAAUCCAGUACGAUUGUGGUAAAUUGCAAACAUUAGACAAAUUGCUCCGGAAGUUGAAGCAGGAAGGUCAUCGUGUGUUGAUUUUUACACAAAUGACAAAAAUGCUUGAUGUUUUAGAAUCAUUCCUAAAUUAUCAUGGGCACAUCUAUCUGCGUUUGGAUGGCACAACCCGCAUUGAACAACGUCAGAUUUUAAUGGAACGUUUUAAUGGAGAUAAGCGAAUAUUUGCUUUUAUUUUAUCAACUCGAUCUGGUGGUGUAGGCGUCAAUUUAACUGGUGCUGAUACUGUGAUAUUUUAUGACUCUGACUGGAAUCCUACAAUGGACGCUCAAGCUCAGGACCGCUGUCAUCGUAUAGGCCAGACAAGAGAUGUUCAUAUUUAUCGAUUAGUUAGCGAAAAAACGAUCGAAGAAAAUAUUUUGAAGAAAGCAAAUCAAAAACGUCUGCUAGGUGACUUAGCAAUCGAGGGUGGAAAUUUCACGACUGCAUACUUCAAAAGUACUGCGAUUCAGGAUUUGUUCCAAGUGGGGCUGGAAGAUGAUGCAAAUGUUCGUUUAUCAGAAUUGUUAGAACGUGAUCGCGAACGACGACAGCGCUUACAAGAUAAUUUACAUCAGGCAAUUGCAUGUACAGGAUCUGGUGAUGAAAAAACUGUUUUAGGAGCCUUUGAAACGGCGCUAGCAGCCGCAGAAGAUGACUUAGAUGUUGAGGCUGCGACUACAGCGAAAGCUGAAGCAGCUGCUGAUUUAGCGGAGUUCGAUGAGAAUAUUCCUUUGGACGACGUAGUUGACAAAAUACCAGAGAAAAGCAAAGUGGAUUUGGAACUUCAAAAUCUUGUAGAACAGCUUAGUCCAAUCGAACGAUACGCUAUGCGGUUUGUGGAAGAAACAGGUGGAGCAUGGACGGCUGAACAGUUGCGGGCUGCAGAAGCGGAGAUAGAACAGCAAAAACGAGAAUGGGAAGCCAACCGUCUAGCUACGCUACAAAAGGAAGAAGAGCUGCGCAAAAUUGAAAAUCAGAAUGAAGACUUCAUCACAUAUAGCCGAGAGGAUGCUAAAAACCAGAUAUGGGUUUCGAAUAACAUACAUGCCGAGAUGCCGAUUUGGUGUCCACCCACUCCACCUCAAAAUGACAAUGAUAUUUAUAUAGAUUAUUCGCUGAGCUUUUUGUAUGAAAGCGACAUUAUGCCUGAAUCCCAUUUACCACCAAUAUACGUGAAAAGGGAGUAUAAGAGAUCCAGGACCGAGGCUGGAUUUUCAGGUGAAGCAAGACGGGCGCCAAAAAUUCGUAAAGAAGAUAAUUACUUUGCUCCGCGAUCAUUAUUUGAUCGGCCAUCACCUGCAUUGGCGAAGUUGCGCCGUGAUUUGAAGUUGCAGCGAUAUCGCGGAAUAUUUAAACCAAAUCUGCAGAUUCCCGGUUUGAAGCAACCGCUCUCAUUAAAACCUUUAACAGAACCAGAAGGAAUGACUGAAUGGUGUAUAUAUGAAGACGUUGCAAUUCUGCAUGUUUUGCAGAAUUUACAAGGGUUACCCCUGAAUCUUAUGCUCCUUUCGCCGGGUCACACGCCGAAUUGGGAUUUGGUGGCUGAUACAGUGAACCAGCUGUCCCGGACAUAUCGCUCACCCAAACAGUGUCGAUAUCGAUAUGAGGCUGUAAUUGUACCACGUGAAGAAGGUAAAUUGCUAGAAAGUCCGAAAAAGCAGAAAAAAGUGAAAGGUCAAACGAAAUCUCCCAUUGUUAAAAGCGGAGUGCGAACAAUGCGAACGUCUCAGUUUUUUGUUGGCGAUAACAAUAACUCGUUUUCGAAGUUAUCAAAGUUAAAAUUUGAAAACAUCAAAGCUGCUUACUUGAAGAAAGCUCCUCCCCCCAAGCAGGUAUUUGGUACUCAGGCACAAAAAAAUUCAAAACAUGCUGCUGUGUUAAGUGAAUUCGGUGUGGUGAACUAUGAUUGUCCAUUGAAUCCCAUUGAUAUCGCCUUGAAAAAGGCGGAAAAACUAAAAGAAAAACAAAGGAAUAAUUUGACAAUUCCAAUAUCAGCACAACCACAAGAAGCACAGCAGUCCAUCACCGUACAACAGCAAUCAACUAUUGUCGUGCAGCAACCUCCACAAGCAGCUAAUGUCACCCAGCAACAAGUGGCUCAAAUAAUGCAGACUUCUCCUUUACAACGCCCUAAUUCACAAGUUGCCGUACAUCAACCAACUUCCCAAUUGGUCAAAGCUAUUGUGACGCCAUCUGCAGGUAUUGUAGCUGGGCAAGUGCAGCAAAUAGCACCGCCGGGUGUGCAACACGUGCAAGUUCAACAAACGCAGCUGCAGCCUUCAGGAAAUGUAACACCAUCUUCUGUAUCGGUUGUACUAUCAACUCCGGUUUCUACGCUAUCAAGUGUCCAUCAAACAUCUCAAUCUACUCAGAUCGUCUCAUUGCAGCAACAACCGAACACUUCAGCUCCCACAGUUGUUACUCAGACACAAAAUCCAACGCUGGUACAAACUAUAUCAACGCAGUCACUACCUCAAGUGGUAUCAGUUUCACAAUUAGCCGCAGUUGGAUCCGUUCUUACAACCACUUCUGGUUUACAGCCCAACACAACAAUUCCGCAACUGAAUGCUUCAACUUUACGGGCACAACGAAUUGUUGCUACACCAGGACAACUGCAAGAAGUGGUUCUACAACAACGACCGAAUUCUCAAAGCCCAACCAUCGUUUCUAUGAGUGGUUUAGCUCAAGGGGUAGCUCAGCCCCAAUUGCAAACUACUCAACUUCGAUUAGCUCAACAGGUUAUUGCCAAAGGAAUCGCGGUAGGAUCUUUACAACAAACAGGGAAACUAACAAACCAACCGACAGCAAUACAGUUAUAUCGGCAGCAACCCAUACGUCAGCAUUUAAAGGUUUUGCAGACAUCUUCAGGGCAAGGCAGCACUACCGUCGUUCAAACUGCCGGAGGACAAACAGCAUUAAUAAAUGCAGGAGGUACAAUUAUACAGGGCGGAAUUGUACCAUCUGGACAAACAGUUCAAGUACAGGGACAGAAAAUAACUACGGUAACCGGAACAAAUGUUGGUUCUUCAGGUGUAGUAACAUCAGUUGCGACUGUUCAAGUUGCGCCAGUGCAAGGGCGUACUCAAUUUAUAAAACAAAUUGGAACCAGUGGAAAACAAACCAUAACGCGACAGGUUAGCGAUAAUGAAAUGCUUCUGGUUAAGCGCCCGAUUAUCGGGCAACCUAAAUCACAAGUAGUAACUCAAUCGCCAAUUUAUGCACAAGGUAGCGUUCAGGUUCAACAACCUGGAACUUCGGGACAACAACAGAUAGCAGCACUUGUGAAGACUUCUCAAGGAACUGUUGCUGCAUCAGUGGGCAUGACCCUUUCUCAGCUUAAGCCUGGAUCAAUCAAAGUUACAAUGGCCAAUCAAAGUCAAGUGCGCCAGUUACAAUUACAGCAACAAAUUGCCAUCGCACAGCAAAGGAAGGCUGGAAAGACACAAAUAGCACAAAUGACAGGCAAAACCGGGGUUCCAACGCAAUUAAUUGUUCAGAAUUCAAAAAAUUUGACGAAUUCUGUUACAGUACAACAAAUUCAACAAGUUAUCCGUCAUGCACAGCCGGGCGCCUCAAUAGGCGGUCAAUUAGUUCUUGGGAAAACAAGUGUCGGUAGAGUCAUUCCAGUAUCUGUAGCAUCCCAAUCCAACGCAAGACAAACAAUUCAGGUUGUAUCAGCUGCAUCUGCGCAAGCCUUGGCAUCUGGAAAUAUUCGCACCCAUGUGGCAAAUACAUCAAACUUAGCGAAUACCAUAAAAGUUGCAACAAAUGCAGCUCAAGUACAGACACAACAAGCUAUCAUCAACGCACUACAACAAUCACAACAGAGUCAACAACGUCAGAGUGGAAGCCCCGUCCGUCUGCAAACUUCUGGUGCUUCUUUGGUAGCUGUUCCACUUCAGCAAGUUCAAAGUACAGCAACAAUAGCUUCAACGUCAGGUGGCACAGUAGAUGUAGUAGCAUUAGCCCAUCAACAGCAACAGCAAACAACACAGCAACAGGUAAGAACAUUAGUGAAAAAGAGAUUGCUAUCAUUUCGAAGUGAAAAGGAGCAACAGUAGUCAUUGUAAACGUUACUUUGGUUAAUUUUCAAAUUUAGAAGUGAAUCUAGUACAAUUUACGAUUAUAUUAUUUUAAUUUAUAGUGAUUUAGAAGCAAAAAUAAGAUCGACUGUUCGUAAUUGUAAAUGUUAAAAGAAUCUUAACUGUGUUUUAUUUUUUACUUUAUUUGGCUUCGAGCGGGUGAAGUGACAUUAUUUAAGUUGAAGAAAAAAACAUUUGCAAGUAUAUUAAAUAUGCUUUUAAAAUAUAAUGAUUGAAUUUCUAUGUAAAAAGUAUUCAAAUUAAAAAAUAAACUAUCGAUAUUUAGUUUCAA